GCGGAUAUAAAAAGCGAGAGCAUUUUUUGAAACAACUAUUAGUCUGCGGUAUACAUUGGUUGUGCGACGACGUGAUCAUAAAAUGAGUCCUUUUGUGGUACCAGUAACUAUUUUGGCAAUAUUGUCAGUAGCGAAUGCGGACGUUAGCCAUUUACAAAAACAAAAUGGAUAUCAAUAUGCCAAUCUUGGUCUAACGAGCAAUUUAAAAUUGCAUACACCAGAAAACAACCCGGCUCCUACACAAUAUUUUGCCACAUACGGCGAUGAGAAUGCCGCUGCCAAAUUGCCAAACAGCUAUGUGCCUGUGCCGGCCGGAAAUCCCUUUGGUUCGGUAGCUCCGCUGCCACGAGCAUAUCUAACACCAACAUCAGAACUUAGACCACCAAUCCGUCAACCAACUCCAAGAUUAUCGGCUCCUUUACAAAGCCCAUUGCUAUCUGGACAACAAUAUGGACAGGGUCAAGUACAACCUCAAACAACCUACCAAUUCCCAAAAGGUCGUUCUUUGAACGGAGCCUUCUCUUUGCAAUUAACACAACAGCAGCAAUCAUCGGUACAAUUUACACCACAAUUGCAGCAACAACAACAGCCUCAAGCCGCUUUCAGUAAUAGUUUCGGACGAAGUCAAUCUCAAUCUCAACCGCAACAAAACCAAGAACCAAUUAUUACCAAACAUUUUUAUGUACAUGCUGCCCCCGAUGAUCCAGAAGAAGACGUUGCCCCAAGAAUCGUGCAAAUUGGUCGCCCUCGUAAAAACUAUAAAAUAAUCUUCAUCAAGACACCAACCUAUAGCGAAAAACAACAAAUCAUUCCGGUACUGCCACCAACCGAGGAGAAGACAAUUGUUUAUGUGCUCAGUAAGAAACCAACAUUCAAUCAAAAUGUUCAAAUACCCGAACCAGCGCCAACACAACCAUCGAAGCCAGAUGUCUUCUUUAUCAAAUACAAAACCAAAGAGGAGGCAGAACAAGCGCAACAAGAAAUUCAAGCGGCCUACGAUCAAGCAAAUUUGUUGGGCAGCAGCGACGGUAUCGGUCAAAUUGCGGCACAAUUUGCAUCUGGCGCGAGCUUCGGUGGCGAUCAAUCGGCGAUAUUUGGAGGUCAAGACGAAACACAACAAAAUGUGAACGGAGGUCAAUACACGUCUACGACUCACAAAAAACGGCACAUCGCAUAAGAUACACUUAAAAACAAUCACAUUCUCACAAACACAUACACACAAUCUAUCUAUCACACUCACACUGUCCAUCCAAUGGAUAUGUACGGUGUAUCACUCUUCGUUUGGAUUGACGCCAAUUUCCAUUUAAACGUUUUACAUUUUAUGUGAUUUUUUUGUUUGUUUGCUAUGAAAAAAAAAAUCUCUAUGUCUCUCGCUCUCACGCUCUUCUUCAGGAAUGUACUACUCAUUAUCAGAACAAAAUAAUUUUUAGAAAAAAAAAAAAUGCAAA